CCAUUUUGGAUCAGAGUAGCAGCUUCAUACACAAACUGAGUUGGCAGGUAGCAACCGGGGCUCUUGCAACAGAUGUUUUGCUGACAUCUGUCAUUCAUUCAUGAAUUAAAGUCCUGCUCGCUCUGACAUUAGGCUAUAGUUGAGCUGUGGUGGAAAUGAGUUCAGCUACAACCCCACCGGAUUCGGACCCGACCCAGCGUCGACGGGUUCACAAUAUGCUGAAGCUCUACUACGGCCUGAAUGAGGAAGGAAAAGCCACAGAACAAGCCGAGUCUUUGGAUCCGUGUGAUAUCAACGGACCGCAUUUCGACCCAGAGAUUUAUUUAAAUAAGCUGAGGCAGGAGUGUUCUCUGGCUGAGUUGAUGGAUCAUGAGAGCUGUAUGGUGAAGCAGAUCAGAUCUCUGGACAGUGACAUGCAAACCCUGGUUUAUGAAAACUACAAUAAGUUCAUCUCAGCCACAGACACAAUCAGAAAAAUGAAGAAUGACUUCAAGAAGAUGGAAGAUGAAAUGGACUGCUUGUCUGCCAACAUGACCGCUAUCACAGAGUUUAGUGCCCGCAUUAGUGGGACGCUGCAGGACCAGCAUGCACAGAUCACUAAAUUAUCAGGUGUUCACACUCUCCUCCGUAAGCUGCAGUUUCUGUUUGAGCUGCCAGCAAGGCUUAAUAAGUGUCUGGAGCUGCAGGCCUAUGCCCAGGCAGUGAGCGCCCACCGGAGGGCGCGCUGUGUACUGCAGCAGUAUAGUCACAUGCCAUCUUUCAGGGGCAUCCAAGACGACUGCCAUGUCAUUAUGGAGCAGCUCGCUCAACAGCUGCGGCAGAAAUUCAGGGAUGGAGGUUCGAGUGCUAAAGAUCUCUCUGAAUGUGUUGAGCUGCUUCUGCAGUUGGACGAGCCAGCGGAGGAGCUCUGUGACAAAUUCCUCAGCCACGCCCAGUCUCGGUUAGAGGCGGAUCUCCAGGGACUGGAGGCGGAGCUUAAAGACUCCGCAGUUACUGAUACUGGUGGAGGCUCGGUCCAAAAAACAAGUCCUGGAUCAAAUCCCGUAUCUCCUAGUUCCUCUGUGUUCAAUCCAUUCCUCUCCCCUACGGCCGGAACAGACAUUCUAGAGUUCAUAGAUCGAGGGUGUAAUGAGUUUGUCAGCAGUCUCUGUUUGGUUAUUGCCUCCUAUCAAGAAUUGUUCAUCAGCCGUCCCCAAGAGGGUGAAUUAGCCUCAAAGAACAUCCCAGAGAUGGCUAACGGCAAGCUACAUGUGUUUGUCGACACUCUGGCUGCUAGGUACUUCUCUCUAGUGGAGCGGAGGAUACAGGAAGAGAAGGGGGUGGGAGAUAACUCUCUGUUAGUGAGAGCUCUGGAUCGCUUUCAUCGCAGAUUACAGGCCAUAUCCAAACUACUUCCGGGGUCGCCAGUGCCCAGCCAAGGAACUGAGAUAGUGGUGCGGGCAGCGCGAGAGAGAAUCAAACAGUACCUGUCUGCCUUACAGACCUUCUACCAUGACAGCCUUACUGAUGUAAGACAGGCAUUGGCUGCCCCUCGUCUAUCAGCCAGUGCAUCAGGAGGUGGGGCUCUCGUGGGAGGGGCUACAAGUAAGGAUGCCCCGCCCAGUCUACCAGAACUGCUGACGUCGUUAUCAAACUUUAUUCUGAAUCAGUUAAAGUCUGUAUUAGCAUCAGUGCAUCUCUUCACAGCAAAGGACAUCACAUUCUCCAACAAGCCUUAUUUCAAGGGUGAGUUUUGCAGUCAGGGUGUGCGUGAGGGUCUGGUGGUGAGCUUUAUUAAAUUUAUCUGCCAGUCGUCUCGGCAGUACUGUGAGAGCGCAGGUGACAGAGGAGGAUCCACCCCUCCUGCCCUCCUUCUGUUGCUCUCUCGUCUCUGUCUGGACUAUGAGACUUCCACCAUCUCCUACAUUCUCACACUCACAGAUGAACAGUUUCUUGUACAGCACCACACUCCAGUCACUCCUGUUACGGCACUUUGUGCAGAGGCCAGAGAAGCAGCUCAGAAAUUACUGAACCACUAUGUGAAGGUUCAGGGCUUAAUCAUCAGUCAGAUGCUGAGGAAGAGCGUGGAAACAAGAGACUGGGUGAACACCAUUGAACCUAGAAAUGUCCGAGCUGUAAUGAAGAGGGUGGUGGAAGAUACCACCUCUAUUGAUGUACAGGUGGGUCUGCUUUAUGAAGAGGGAGUAAGGAAAGCCCACAGCAGUGACUCCAGUAAACGCACCUUCUCUGUGUACAGCAGCUCAAGACAGCAGAUCCGCUACGCUCCAAGCUAUACUCCCAGUGCUCCAAUGGAUACAAACUUGCUCAGUAACAUUCACAAGCUAUUUUCUGAGAGGAUCGAUAUCUUUAGCCCAGUGGAGUUCAACAAGGUCUCAGUGCUAACUGGCAUCAUUAAGAUAAGUCUGAAGACAUUCCUUGAAUGUGUUCGUCUCCGUACGUUUGGCAGAUACGGACUACAGCAAAUCCAGGUGGACUGCCACUACUUACAGAUGUACCUGUGGCGGUUUGUGUCUGAUGAGAACUUGGUGCACUUCCUUUUGGAUGAGAUUGUGGGUAGUGCUGCCCAUCGUUGCUUGGACCCGUCUCCAAUGGAGCAAAGUGUCAUUGAGGUCAUCUGUGAGAGGGGGUAGAGUGGGUGCUUUUCUUUAAAUCUGCAGUCCAAUUUGCACAUAAGUGAUACUGAACUCAACUGGUGGAAAAUAUUAAUACUUAUAUUUGAAGUUUUCAUGUAACUGGUCGCUUGAACACUGAAUAUAAAAUCCGUGACCUCCAAUUGAACCCUAUUAUAGCUGGAUUGAGAUCACCACCUUCAUUUGAUUGAAGCUUUGAGUUUGUGAACAUUGGGUGCUAAAAGCUGAAAUAUUGUGGUGUUUUGUCAGAGUCACAACAUAAAUGCAACGCAGCAUUAAAAGUAAAUAAACUCAUUUAACUAAAAUCACUAUAUAUUAAGGGUAAGAUGAUUUGUUUAUAAAACAAAUCAGUAUGUUUGAAAUUUUUAUUUUAUGGUUGAUUACUGUAUUCGUCAACUUUGAAAGCUGUUCAAUCUGCAUAACUGGAUAGUAUGUAUUUAAUAAAGGUAAUGUACAAAAAGAA